AUGCAUCCCAAAUUGCUUCUCACGACACUGGUCGCCCUGGCGCCCGUUGUGUUGGCAGAUGCGAGCGAUACCGAGCCGUGUGCUCAGGUGAGCAAGUUGGUGGCAGAUGCCAACCAAGACAAUGCAAGUGCUAGGGUGCCUCAUGAUCUGGCACACCAGUGUCUGCUAUCUAUGCCUUUCGAUUCGGAUCGUGCGGUUAAGUUUCUGAACCAGGCCCGCAAGAUCCUCGAGUUUCAGUCUACCAUCGAUAUUCUCAAAGAUCCCCCAUCAGGGUAUACUAUGCCCCCAACAGAUAUUCUAGGGGGAAUAGACAGGAUCUUGGCCAAGGCCAAGAACAGCAGCUAUUCGAGCCAAUUCGAGAUGGAUUUGGAAGUCACAUCCCUAAUCAAAUCCGCCCAUGACGGUCACCUGUCUUUCCAGCUAUGCUCGCAGUCAAUAUUCACAUACCACGUUGACAUGCCUUUGGUAUCAGUGUCAACAAACGGACUUGAACUACCGCAAGUAUACACUUUAAGUAUGUUGCCUAUGAAGCCUCUCAUUGCCACCAAGCUGACCAGCACAGAUGACGCAAAAAUCCAAAAGACAGAUCCAAGCGCAGUCUCUUCAUUGAAGUCCAUCAAUGGCACCGAGGUGGCUACCUAUUUGGAGUCUUAUGCCGAUGGCCAGAAUUUACAGGAUCGCGAUGCACAAUACAAUCGAGUGUUCCCAGCACCCGCUCGUAGUGUUGCCAACACUCCCACUAGUGUGAACGGAAUCUGGGCGUCCAUUGGAGAUUGGACUGAUGGCGCAGUGGUAUCUCUGGAGUUUGCAAACGGCACCAAAACUUCAACCCAGAGAGCUGCUGUUCCGAGCGAGAAAUUCUUCUCAUACAAGAAUGGAACGCAUCUCUAUGAUAUCGAGUGCCUUCCGAGAGAAUUGUCCACAGCUUCAAGUACCUCAUCCGGUGCCGAGCAAGCAUCCUCUGAAGUCGAAGGACUCCCUCAGACAGUGACUAGCUGGCGCAACUCAGCCAAUUCUUUUGCUGGCUACUAUUCCAAUCUCACAGGUCUCCAGGAUACUGCAAUCAUUUUCCUACCAACAUUUUCAUCUAGCGCAUCUGAGGUCGCCGAACUCGCGGUCGACUUCUUGCAAAAUGCCACAGCAGCCAACAAGAAGAAUGUCCUGAUAGACCUCUCUGCGAACCCAGGAGGCUAUAUGUCGAUUGGGAUUGACAUGUCUCGAAUCUUCUUCCCAAACUCGUCUCCAUACACAGCGACCCGCUACCGAGCACACGAUGCAGCGAAGUAUCUGACCGAGGCGUAUUCGCGAGAUAACACAACAGACUCGAGCAAUGUCUUUGCGUAUAAGCAGAUGGUUCGCCCGGAUCAGAAGACAGACUUUAGUUCAUGGGAGGAACUCUACGGUCCACAUGAAAUAUUGGGCAGCUCGUCUUCCAGCCUCCUGGCUAACUUCAACUACACAUCUACUUCGUCCGACGUCUUUCCCAUCAACGGAUAUGGCCCAGUUCCGUUGAAACCAAGCAAGGCUCUUUUCUCAGCAGACAAUAUCGCAAUUAUCACUGAUGGCGACUGCGUCUCGACAUGCGCUUUCUUCGUCAAAUUGAUGAAGCGCCAGGGUGUCCGAACAAUCACUUUCGGUGGACGCCCAGAGAAAGCCCCCAUGCAAGCCGUCGGCGGCGUGAAGGGCGGCCAGUCACUUGGUAUCAACUAUGUCAACGGAUACAUUGCGCAGGCAAACGGGCUCAUCGCAGAUUCGACCAAUAGCACAUCACCACUGCUGACGACCGCUGAAUGGAAGGCAUUCAAUGAGUCCAGCCCAAGUAUGACAGCGUCUCUCGCGUGGAGUGGUAACUUGAAUCUGCGGAACGAAUAUGAUCCUGAAGAUGACCAGACACCCCUGCAAUUCGUCUACGAGGCUGCUGAGUGUCGGCUGUUCUACACGCUGGAUAAUUAUUUGGAGCGAGAGACUGUUUGGCAGGCUGCGGCCAAAGCUAUGUUUGGGGGUGGACAGUGUGUGGAGGGCUCAACGAAGGGUAAGGGCAGUCUGGAUGCUUGA